CGGGCCUUAAGCAUUGAGUGUCACCCCCCUGCUCCUCCGCAGCUUCUGCAGUGUUGACACAUGCCGUAUUAGUCUACUGUAUGUCGAUUUUACUGGCAAAAGCUCCAAAAAGCCUAAUGACAGGUAUGUCACUUAUAGAAAAGUGACGGUUUUCUUCCAGACAAAAAACCGUUGAACCCUUUUUUACGGUUGAUCGUGUUGGAGUUAAAUAGUAUAAACGCAAAGCUACGUCAGUCAAUCUUCGAAUUAGAAAACCGUUGCAGCGAAGCACAACAUAUAAUAACAAUUAAAUCAAAGAACGCCAAAAAGAAAAGAAUAGACUAUCAAGUAGGUAGGUAUAGGUGUGUGACAAUGCCAGAGAGCGAGGCAGUUUAUCAACCAACAACAGAAGGUUACACUUACGAGGCUGGUGGGAAUACCAAUGACCCGGGAAAUGGCUUCAGAAGUGGUUUUUCAAGAAUAUUAUUUCGACACAAAGUCAGCACAAGAAAAUGGGCUGAAUGGGUCUUACUAUCAGUUGCAAUCUGUGCAUCCGUUGCAGGCUUAACAACUCUUCUGGUCAAUCUUUUUGCUGCAGAUGCAAAUGAUAUCACAUAUGCAGAUUUUAAACCAGGAAAUUCAACCAGGAGUACCAAGGUUGAAGGGCAUAUGGAAAAUGGAAGUAGAGGAUCGAUUGCCGUUGGAGCUACUAUCACAUUGAUCGGCUUAUUACUUGGAUGCAGCUGGGCAUGGCUCCGCUUUUUCAAGCGUAGCAAAUCACCCAGAGGGGGAAUGAAUAGAGGCAGUGGCCAGAUGUUGGGCGGUUUGAAUCCAUCGACUGACUUGCUGGUGGGUUCCACUUCGCAGUACGGGCCUGUGCUUACUGAAGUACCCAGUCAAAUGAUGCCGAAUACGAUGACAAAUAAUGUGCACGAUGUCCAGACUGUCGCGCUUUCGGAUCAAGAAGAAGAGACGCGCACGUUGAUGCCUGAUGUAAGUGGUGGUACGUCUGCUGUCACUCUAUCUAGUGAUCCACUAAACGGUGAUCUGAGGACUGGUCAGAUCACAGGAUAAACGGAAGAAAGGAUUCAUAAUUUGAGUCGCACUGGAUUUCAUUGUCACCCUCUUCUUGUCUGGAUGAUAGAGAAUUGAAAUUCUGACUGAAACAGAUUUAAUUUCCGUCGUUAAUUCAUAAUACAAUUUCAACAGAAUAACUUUUAUCCUACUGUGUCCGUGCUCUAGAAUCAUGAAAAAACCACUACGCUAUAACGCAUACUAGAAACAAAAUGAUAUGGUAACCACGAUAAUUUUGCUUCUAAUUGUGCUUGCAAAUACAUUUUUAACCGAUUAUCACCCACAUUUCAAUCUCUCUCUCUCUCCCUCUCCCUCUCUCUCUCUCUCUCUCUCUCUCUCUCUCUCUCUCUCUCUCUCUCUCUCUCUCUCUCUCUCUCUCUCUCUCUCUCUCUCUCUCUCUCUCUCUCUCUCUCUCUCUUCACGGUGGUAAGAUACCGACUGAUGCAUACCUUUAACGGCAGUGGUUGCAAGACAAGUAAAUGAAAACUUUAAAAAUCAUGAAAGUCUGUGUAAGUUCAAGCAUUGUCUUGUCAAUAUAAAAUUUUAAUGAUUUUUCUUUUCUACCUUUUUCAUUUCAAAAUUUCACAAAAGAAAUUGUUAUUUGUAUAAUUCGAGUUGAACUUAUUCGUGUGUCGCAUUCACGGGGCGAUUUUAGGACAUAAUUGUAUACUAGGUACUCCACAUCUUCAUAAUAAUAAAAUCGUAUUGAACAGUUCAGAUUCAAAUUUUGUACGUUAGGUCUGAUGUAUAUUUGAGAUUAAAAUUUCAUGUAUUCAUUGCGUUACUAUGACGAAAAUAAAGACUGACAUGGUAAGAA